AUGUGUGGGGGAGGGGGUGUUUGUUUGUUCUUUCUUUUUUUUGAAACAAUUAAUGAUUCAAAGAUUCAUCCCUGGAUUCUUGUCCUUGUACGUGUAUAUGUCUUCACCUCUCUAUAUCACAUACUGCAGGGAGACUAUGUCCUAUGUCGCAUGUUUCACAAGCCAGAUGAGAAGCCAGACAGUUCCAAAUAUGAUGAAGUUGAACCAACCGGAUCGUCUCCUUCCAUAAACAAAUCCUCUCCUGAUGAGACAUCAAAAGAUCUUUUUCAAGAACCUCCAGUGCUAGAUAUGCCAAUAUGCAAGGUGCCAGGGGACGUAAAGGAGUGUUUGACCUAUGAGUCGGAAAACACGACUCCUGACAUUCUUGCACCGGUUAAAGGGUAUGGAUCUGGAGUAUUUCACUCAGCAGAAGAAACAACUCCUGAGGUAUAUGGGUCAGUAAGAGCAAAUUUAAUGUGCCAUGAUUCUAGGCACAAUCAGAUUGAUGAUAAGGUUGGGUCAACAUUGCAAUCACAUAAUGACACUGAUAUGGGAGCUUGCAUAGGUUCACCAUUUGCUGAUGACUUUGGCAAUGAUCACAACGGACUGCAUUUUCAAGAUGGCUCAUCUGAACAGGAUGUGUCCCUGUCCGAUCUGUUGGAAGUCCUUCAGAAACGUGAAACUUACUCUUAUGAAGAGCAAACUAGUCGCGAGAACUCGGUCGUGGCAAGUGAAUGCUUUGUGCCAGAAUACAUUGACGGGCUGAGUGAAAGGCCAUCUGCAAGCAGUAAUGUGAUCGACUAUAAACACUACAUUGGGACAGAUACUGAAAUGGUUCAAGAAGAGGUAUUCUUCAAGGCUGUUUCAACCGAUAGUUCUCUUUCAAAUUAUUCUGUUGGUGGAACUGGGAUCCAGAUUCGAUCUCGUCAGCCUCGAAAUCGACAAAAUUCAGAAACAGCUCAGGGAACUGCCUCCAGGAGAAUUCAUCUGUUGAUCGAACGUGGACCACAGUCUAUAUGUACUGACAAGUCUGUAGAUGUCAGCAGCACGGAAGAUCAAGAAUCAGCAGUUUUGGAGGUGAGGUCCAUUUACAGAUAUGGCAGAGUAUGGACUAGUUCAUCUAUUUGUGGUACACAAGCUAGACACACGACAAUUCACUCGAGCAUGAUAAGUCAUGUAGAUAUACAGGCGCCAUGCUUCUUAGACAAAUUACCAUUCGCUAAGAGGCCAUUGAAUUCAUAAGUUUGA